GGCAGGAUACACCCUGGACAGGACACCAGUUCAUCGCAGUCAACUGUCCAGUUAAAAAAUAAGAAUAAAACAAAGGUGGCACGAUUCAAAUGAAUUCCAAUCUGAGGGGUCAACUUUAAUUAUAUUACACCUUGAAGUUGUUCAUUAGAACUGUAAAAGUAGUUGUCCUCUAGUGUUCAAUAUUCUAAACAAAGAAAUCAUCAGGGUCCAUCAAUGGAAGAUUAUAGCUCAACUCUGGAUGGUCAAAGACAGAGCCCGACACGUUUUCAGGUGAAGAGAGUGCAAGACAAUCUAAACUCAAGUGCAGUUUACACGGUGAAUGAAGACGAGCCUCCACAUUAUGAAGAAACAUCCUUCACAGGUGGAAAUGAGUGCAGAAGAAGUUUCAGAAACGGGGACAGAGCCUUGUACAGCCAUGUUUCCCACAAUGGGGAGGUGAAGUCUGCAGAUGGGGGCUUCCAGCCAUAUGACAGCCACUCCCCUGCCUACUAUCUGCAAACAUUUGGGCACAACACCAUGGACCCAGUGCCCAGGAUUGAGUUCUAUCGCAACACGGGCAGCGUUAGUGGAGUGAAAAUCAGCAGGCCCUCCCUGGAAGAGCUGCACGAGGAGUUCAAGAAGAAUCUAGAAGCCGUUGGACCAGGAGCAGGGGCAGCAGCUGGGGAUGGGUCACCCACAGAUGAAGAGGAAGGAAUCACAGAUCAGAACCAAUCAGGAUUUGUAAAGUUUGGCUGGAUCAAGGGCGUGUUGGUAAGAUGCAUGUUAAACAUCUGGGGGGUGAUGCUUUUCAUUCGACUCUCCUGGGUUUUCGGUCAGGCUGGCAUAGGUCUUGGUAUUGUGGUUAUUUGCCUGAGUGUUGUUGUUACAAUCCUGACAGGGAUUUCCAUGUCUGCAAUUUGUACCAAUGGUGUUGUCAGAGGAGGUGGUGCUUAUUACCUGAUUUCCCGGAGUCUGGGGCCAGAGUUCGGUGGGUCAAUUGGCCUGAUUUUUGCCUUUGCCAACGCUGUAGCUGUAGCCAUGUAUGUUGUGGGGUUUUCUGAGACAGUGGUGGAUCUUCUUAAGGACAACAAUGCAAUAAUGGUCGACCCAGUUAAUGAUAUCCGGAUCGUUGGAUGCAUUACGGUGGUUUUGCUUCUGGGAAUUUCUGUGGCUGGGAUGGAGUGGGAAGCAAAGGCUCAGGUCCUACUGCUGAUCAUUUUGCUGGUGGCUAUUGCUAACUUCCUCAUCGGAACAGUCAUCCCAUCCAACAACGAUAAAAGAGCACAGGGCUUUUUUAAUUAUCAAGCAUCUAUAUUUGCUGAGAACUUUGGCCCAGACUUUCAAGAUGGAGAAGGGUUCUUCUCUGUCUUUGCCAUCUUUUUCCCUGCAGCUACAGGGAUUCUAGCUGGUGCCAACAUCUCAGGAGAUUUAAAGGACCCACAAGCAGCAAUUCCCAAAGGCACCAUGCUUGCUAUAUUCAUAACAACCGUUACCUAUCUGGGUGUUGCAGUCUGUGUAGCUUCCACGGUUGUGCGAGACGCAACAGGAAACGUGAACCACACAGUCGCAGCUGGUACCAGCUGCAACGGCUCAGCUGCCUGCUACCUGGGCUAUGACUUCUCUUCCUGUAGGACCCAGCGCUGCUCAUUCGGCCUGAUGAAUAACUUCCAGGUGAUGACAAUGGUCUCAGGAUUUGGCCCUCUGAUAACUGCAGGGAUAUUUUCAGCUACUCUGUCCUCUGCUCUGGCCUCACUCGUCAGUGCACCUAAGGUUUUUCAGGCACUUUGCAAAGACAACAUCUACAAAGCUCUGUACUUCUUUGCCAAAGGUCAUGGGAAAAACAAUGAGCCGAUCCGAGGAUACGUCCUCACCUUCAUCAUCGCAGUUGCAUUUAUCCUGAUAGCGGAACUGAACACCAUUGCACCUGUCAUUUCCAACUUUUUCCUGGCUUCAUAUGCCCUUAUCAACUUCUCCUGUUUCCAUGCCUCCUAUGCAAAAUCGCCAGGAUGGAGGCCUGCUUAUAAAUACUACAACAUGUGGGUGUCUCUGUUCGGAGCAGUGCUGUGCUGUGGUGUGAUGUUUGUCAUCAACUGGUGGGCUGCACUGAUCACAUACGCCAUCGAGCUCUUCCUGUACAUUUACGUCACCGUGAAGAAGCCAGAGGUGAACUGGGGCUCCUCUACCCAGGCUGUAACAUUUGUUAACGCCCUGAAUGACGCGCUUGUAUUAGCCGGAAUAGAUGAGCAUGUGAAGAACUUCAGACCGCAGUGUAUAGUAUUGACAGCAGCUCCAAUGACAAGACCUGCACUUCUUGAUCUAGCGCAUUCAUUCACCAAGAAUUAUGGGCUCUGCCUUACCAGCCAAGUGUUUGCUGGGCCACGGAAGCUGAUGGUUAAGGAGAUAAACAGGUGUAUGGAGAAGAACCAGGCGUGGCUGAAUAAGAACAAGAGGAAAGCCUUCUACGCAGCUGUGGCCAGUGACACCUUCCGUGAAGGAGUCCGCAGCCUCCUACAGGCUUCAGGUCUUGGUCGUAUGAAACCCAACACCUUGGUGAUCGGAUUUAAGAGAGACUGGCGACAAGUAUCCCAUACAGAUGUUCAAAGCUAUGUUGGUGUGCUACAUGAUGCCUUUGACUUUGAAUAUGGGGUAGUGAUUGUGAGGAUUAGCCAAGGCUUAGACAUCUCACACAUUCUACAGGUUCAAGAGGAAAUUGAAAGGCUGGAGAUUGAACGGCAGGCGCUCGAGACGGCUAUUAGGAACGAAGAGCUGCAAGAAGGAGGAGGUGGAAUCCGGGGGUUCUUCAAGAAAGCAAAUAAGUUUAAAAUGUCAAAUCCGGCAACAAAAGCAAGCUCAGUUAACCUGGACCAAUCAAUGCGUGGGGGUGAAUUUAACCAGAGGCUAGUGGACGCCAGUGCUCAGUUCAAAAAGAAGCAGGGCAAAGGUACCAUCGAUGUGUGGUGGCUCUUCGACGAUGGAGGGCUGACUCUCUUGAUCCCCUAUAUCCUGACAACCCGAAAGAAGUGGAAGGACUGCAAAAUGAGGGUCUUCAUCGGCGGAAAGGCCAACAGUAUCGACCAAGACAAAGCAGCGAUUGCCUCGCUCCUGAGCAAAUUCAGAAUCAAAUUUGCUGACAUCCACAUUGUUCCUGACAUCAACACCAGCCCAAACAAGGAGAGCUGGAAAUCUUUUGAGGAAACCAUCGAACCGUACCGUCUGCAUGAAUGCUCCAAAGACGGUGCGACCGCUGACACGCUGAGAAAGGAAAGCCCUUGGAAAAUCACUGAUUCAGAGCUGGAAUUGUUCAAAGAAAAGACAUAUCGACAGGUUCGUCUCAAUGAACUGCUGCAGGAGAACUCGAGGGCGGCUAAUCUUAUUAUUCUGAGCUUGCCCAUUGCCAGGAAAGGGGCUGUGUCCAAUCACCUGUACAUGGCCUGGCUGGACAUUCUCACGAAGAACCUUCCUCCUGUCGUGCUGAUCAGAGGAAACCACAAGAACGUGCUGACCUUCUACUCCUAACAGUGACACGGCCUCUUCAACCCCACUGUGGGACAAUAAAUACACCCCUGUCACAGCACGGUCUACAGCUGGCACAAUCCUGGCAGCAGAUGGAAUACAUGGUUACUACUGCCCUCUAGUGGACGUUGAAUUUCAAUGAGAAUUUAACAGUUCUUUUAAAUGUGUAAACGUACAAAUGCAGCCUAGCUUAGGCAAACUGAGAAAUCAUGCGCAUCUAAUCAAUUUUCUUUCCAGUUUUAGGGAAUCCUUUUGCGUGCGAACUUGUGUGUAAAAUAAUCUGAAAUCUAGCUAAAGUCGUAUUGGGUUAUGGACUACAUCUCCGUAUAGUUGAUCAAUUUUAUAUUUUAAAUUAGACUUGAAUAAAACUGUGAUCAUUCCUACUUUAAUACCAAGAUUAAAUAUGUUGAUAAAAAUAGUUUGAAAACUUUCUAAAAGUUAAUAAUUAUUAUUACCUGACUACACUGCUUCUGUUGCUAAUGCCAUGAUGGUAUAGAGAAACUGUACCGUUUAUUUAAAACGGUAACCAUGAACCUCUUACCUACAACAAUAAAAAAACAUUAAACACAGACACUAAGACAAGGUGCUUAUAGAUCCUUUCUGCGAUUAAUAUUUUUUACUUUUAUUUCUAUUUGAUCGUUCUUAUUGGCUUGUUAUUUUCACUCUGUACUGCAUCCCAUCCAAAACAAAUGCUUCGCUGAAAUGAAUGGCAUGUUUAAUAAAUCCUAAACAUAUGGCUCUCGUUCUAUAUUAGUUUUUCCCGGGGAAUAAAGUUUCAAAGAUUCUUCUGCAGCGCUGUACUGUUUUAUUUGCUGUUAAAAUAAAUAAAAUACCAAACCAUUUAACUUCA